AUGACUUCUCAGUUGCUUUCCAUCAAUGCUAGUUUCUCAUCACAACUUCUAUUUCUGGACCUUUCUGAGAAUUCUUUUACCUGCUCAACAUUUCAUUGGUUGUUCAACUCCACUACAAGCCUUGUUGAUCUUCACCUUACUUAUAUUAACGGGUUACAUGAAUGCUCCAUUCCAGAUGCUUUUGGUGGCCUAAAUUCACUUCGAACACUAGAUCUUGCUGGAAAUAUGCUUGUUGGUGGCAUUCCAAGAUCUUUUUGGAAUUUAUGCUCCUUAGAUUCAUUAUAUCUUUCAUCUAACGAUCUUAGUGGAAACCUUUACGAAUUUAUCAGUAAUGCAUUAGACUGGGAUCAGCUUUCCCAAAUUAAGUGGCUUCAAAGUCAAAAGAAUUAUACAGUGCUUGAUAUUUCUGAUGCUGGAAUUUCUGACAUUAUCCCAGCUUGGUUUUGGGACUUUCCUCUGAGGUUAAAUUAUUUAGCAAUGUAUAACAAUCAGUUGCAUGGGAACUUGCCAGACCUUUCAUCAUCCAGACUUGAUGAGUUUGCUAAGAUAGAUUUAAGCGCCAACCUUUUUGACGGUUCAAUACCACAUUUUCCAUCGAAUGUGUCAUCACUAGACCUAUCAAAUAAUAGGUUUUCUGGGUCCCUUUCCUUCCUAUGUGAACUCAAUACUCCAACGUUAUUGGAGUCUUUAAACAUCUCAAACAAUACACCGUCUGGAGAGCUUCUAGAUUGUUGGACGUACAUUCGAGACUUGGUUGUUCUUAAUUUGGCCAACAACAAUUUUUAUGGAAAAAUACCAGACUCAAUGGGCUCCCUAGUCUCGGUUCAACUUUUGCAUUUAAGCAACAAUGGACUUGUGGGAAAGAUUCCGGCGUCCCUUAAAAAAUGUAGCAAGUUAAUAACCAUUGACUUGAGAGCAAAUAACUUGUCCGGAACAAUACCUCCAUGGAUUGGUGAUAGUUUGCCAAAGUUGGUUAUUCUUAACCUACGAUCUAAUCAGCUUUAUGGAAGUUUUCCUUUAAGCCUAUGUCAUCUAUCAUACAUUCAAAUCUUGGACAUUUCUUCAAACAAGAUCAAGGGAACUAUUCCAGAAUGUAUCUCCAAUCUGACCGCAAUGUCUCGUACAAUGGAUACAAUCUCAAGUGCCAUUUAUGCAUCUAAUCGAAGAUAUUCUUAUAUAGACCAUACAUCCUUGGUAUGGAAAGGAAGGGAGUUUGAGUUCAAACAUUCCUUGGGACUUGUGAAGGUGAUUGAUCUUUCAAAUAACAAAUUACAUGGAGAGAUUCCAGAAGGAAUUACUAACCUUACAGAAUUAAUCGCCUUGAAUUUAUCGAGAAACAAUUUAUCUGGAUUAAUCACUCCGAAGAUCGGCAAAAUCCCAACCGGAACUCAAAUACAAAGCUUUGAUGCUUUUGCAUUUUUGGAAAAUCCUAAACUAUGUGGCUCUCCACUUCCAAACAAGUGUUUAGACGAUCUUCAUCCAAGUUACAUUAACACUCAUGGCGACAAGAAUCAGAAUGUUCAGGAAAAUGAUGAUGACAGAUUUAUAACUAAAGGAUUUUAUGUUGCUGCAACUCUUGGAUUCAUUGGAGGAUUUUGGGGGGCUGGAGGAUCCUAUGGGGAUGUGCCCUUGGGUCAUCGAGAUGGCACAACAGCAAGUGAGAGUGAAGCUAACAAGUUUCCAGGCCCCUUUGAGCUCAUAGAAAACAUCAUUGCAAAAUUCACUUCGAAGGGGCUUGAUGUAAAGGAUGUAGUCGUGCUAUCAAGUUUGCUUUACUUGUAG